ACAGCUCCCUUCGCACCACCACCCCCCAGACCAAAACUCCAAACACACUCGUACCUGCAACGCCAUCUCUGGAGAUUAUCGCACAUCACCAUCAUGGCUGACAGAUACUCAUUCUCCCUCACAACCUUCUCGCCCAGCGGCAAGCUGGUCCAGAUCGAAUAUGCCCUGAAUGCCGUCAACCAAGGUGUAACAGCCCUUGGCAUUAAAGCUACCAAUGGCAUCGUUCUUGCGACCGAGAAGAAGUCGUCGUCGCCACUCGCCGACCCGUCGUCGCUGUCCAAGAUCAGCCUGAUCACGCCCAACAUCGGCAUGGUGUAUUCGGGCAUGGGGCCUGACUACAGAGUGCUGGUGGACAAGGCGCGCAAGGUGUCGCACACUGGCUACAAGCGCAUCUACAAUGAAUACCCGCCGACGAGAAUAUUAGUGCAGGACGUAGCGCGCGUGAUGCAGGAGGCGACGCAAUCGGGAGGUGUGCGCCCGUACGGCGUCAGCCUGCUAAUCGCCGGCUGGGACGAGGGCAUCCUGCCCGAGGGAGACGAGGAGAAGGAGGCGGAGGAGGCGGCCGGCGGCGACGAGAAGAAGAAGCCCAGCGGCAAGACGGGCGGCAUCCUCAAGGGCGGCCCUAUGCUCUACCAGGUCGACCCCUCGGGGAGCUACUUCCCGUGGAAGGCCACUGCCAUCGGCAAGAGCGCCACGACGGCCAAGACUUUCCUGGAGAAGAGAUAUACCGAGGGACUGGAGCUCGAGGACGCCGUGCACAUUGCCCUGUUGACCCUCAAAGAGACAAUCGAGGGCGAGAUGAAUGGGGAGACGAUCGAGAUCGGCAUUGUUGGGCCCCCAGCGGACCAUCUGCUGGGUGUUGAGGGCGUGGAAGGGGCAAGAGGCCCGCGCUUCCGCAAGCUCACUCCGCAGGAAAUUGAGGACUACCUUACGAAUCUAUGAUGAGGAUGGCAUUUUUUCUGCGAUUGAUAGCAACUGUACACAAUACCGGAUAGAGAGACAGAUGGUCG